CCGGGGCCCCCCGCGGGCCCGGCGGCGGCCACUCCUCCCGCCGCUCCGCGCGUCCCUCCCCGCGGGUUUGUGGCGCUGUGCCGGGGGAGGAUGAACGGAGGAUAAAUGGUGCCCAAGGCGCACAGCGGCACCUUCCUCCUCCUCUUCCUCCUGGUGCUGAGCAUCAUCGAGCCGCUGCGGCCAGAGCUGCGCUGCGCCCCGGGGCAGUUUGCGUGUCGGAGUGGAACCAUUCAGUGCAUCCCUUCCAGCUGGCAGUGUGAUGGAUGGCCCACCUGCGAGGACGAGAGCGAUGAAGAUGACUGUCCAAGUGUGACAGAGGACCAACAAACUUACCAUGUGAAGGAGAAUGUGGACUCGUGGCGCCCUCGAGGGAGAGAAGGAGAGACCACCCGCUUCCACACGGUCAACGUGGCACAGCCCGUGCGCUUCAGCAGAAAGUGCCCAACAGGAUGGCACUACUAUGAGGGCACAGCCAGCUGUUACAGGGUGUAUUUAAAUGGGAAGAACUAUUGGGAUGCUGUGCAGACAUGUCAGCAGGUGAAUGGAUCCCUUGCCACCUUCACUGCCGACCAGGAGCUGAGAUUCAUCGUAGCACAGGAGUGGGACUUGGAAGAAAAAACAUUUGUGAGGUGGGACCUGCAUAGGUUCUGGGUGGGAUAUCAGUAUGUGAUCACCAAUCGAAAUCACUCUCUGGAAGGUCACUGGGAAGUGGCUUGUAAAGGCUCUUCAGAAGUGUUUUUACCCCCUGACCCUGUCUUUGGUUCGGCUGUGUCUGAAAAGGAAAACAUUCUUUGUGCCCAGCUCCAGUGUUUCCGUUUACCUGCCCUCCGGCGCCACGGUUUACACACCUGGUAUGCUGAAAACUGCUGUGAGAAAUCUUCAUUCCUCUGCAAAAGGAGUGUGACAGAGGACCAACAAACUUACCAUGUGAAGGAGAAUGUGGACUCGUGGCACGCUCGAGGGAGAGGAGGAGAGACCACCCGCUUCCACACGGUCAACGUGGCACAGCCCGUGCGCUUCAGCAGAAAGUGCCCAACAGGAUGGCACUACUAUGAGGGCACAGCCAGCUGUUACAGGAUGUAUUUAAAUGGGGAGAACUACUGGGACGCUGUGCAGACAUGUCAGCAGGUGAACGGAUCCCUCGCCACCUUCACUGCCGACCAGGAGCUGAGAUUCAUCGUAGCACAGGAGUGGGACUUGGAAGAAAAAAAAUUUGUGAGGAACUACCUGCGUAGGUUCUGGGUGGGAUAUCAGUAUGUGAUCACCAAUCGAAAUCACUCUCUGGAAGGUCACUGGGAAGUGGCUUAUAAAGGCUCUUCAGAAGUGUUUUUGCCCCCUGAUCCUCCCUUUGAUCCAGCUAUGUCUGAAAAGGAAAACAUUCUUUGUGCCCAGUUUCAGUAUUUCUAUUUACCUACCCUCCGGCACCAUGGUUUAUACAGCUGGUAUCCUGAAAACUGCUAUGAGAAAUCUUCAUUCCUCUGCAAAACGAGUUUGACAGAGGACCAACAAACUUACCAUGUGAAGGAGAAUGUGGACUCGUGGCACGCUCGAGGGAGAGGAGGAGAGACCACCCGCUUCCACACGGUCAACGUGGCACAGCCCGUGCGCUUCAGCAGAAAGUGCCCAACAGGAUGGCACUACUAUGAGGGCACAGCCAGCUGUUACAGGGUGUAUUUAAAUGGGAAGAACUAUUGGGAUGCUGUGCAGACAUGUCAGCAGGUGAACGGAUCCCUUGCCACCUUCACUGCCGACCAGGAGCUGAGAUUCAUCGUAGCACAGGAGUGGGACUUGGAAGAAAAAACAUUUGUGAGGUGGGACCUGCAUAGGUUCUGGGUGGGAUAUCAGUAUGUGAUCACCAAUCGAAAUCACUCUCUGGAAGGUCACUGGGAAGUGGCUUAUAAAGGCUCUUCAGAAGUGUUUUUACCCCCUGAUCCUACCUUUGAUUCAGCUACAUCUGAAAAGGAAAACAUUCUUUGUGCCCAACUCCAGUGUUUCCGUUCACCUAACCUCCGGCACAACGGUUUACACAGCUGGUAUGCUGAAAACUGCUAUGAGAAAUCUUCAUUCCUCUGCAAAAGGAGUUUGACAGAGGACCAACAAACUUACCAUGUGAAGGAGAAUGUGGACUCGUGGCAUGCUCGAGGGAGAAGAGGAGAGACCACCCGCUUCCACACGGUCAACGUGGCACAACCCGUGCGCUUCAGCAGAAAGUGCCCAACAGGAUGGCACUACUAUGAGGGCACAGCCAGCUGUUACAGGGUGUAUUUAAAUGGGGAGAACUACUGGGAUGCUGUGCAGACAUGUCAGCAGGUGAAUGGAUCCCUUGCCACCUUCACUGCCGACCAGGAGCUGAGAUUCAUCGUAGCACAGGAGUGGGACUUGGAAGAAAAAACAUUUGUGAGGAAGGACCAGAGUAGGUUCUGGGUGGGAUAUCAGUAUGUGAUCACCAAUCGAAAUCACUCUCUGGAAGGUCACUGGGAAGUGGCUUAUAAAGGCUCUUCAGAAGUGUUUUUACCCCCUGAUCCUACCUUUGAUUCAGCUAUAUCUGAAAAGGAAAACAUUCUUUGUGCCCAACUCCAGUGUUUCCGUUCACCUGCCCUCCGGCACGAUGGUUUCCACAGCUGGUAUGCUGAAAACUGCUAUGAGAAAUCUUCAUUCCUCUGCAAAAGGAGCCAGACUUGUGUUGAUAUCAAAGACAACAUUGUUGAUGAAGGCUACUAUUUCACCCCCAAAGGGAAUGAUCCCUGUUUGAGCUGCACGUGUCACAACGGUGAGGCUGAGAUGUGCGUGGCUGCUCUGUGUGAACGGCCCCAGGGCUGUCAGCAGUACCGCAAGGACCCCAAGGAGUGCUGCAAAUUUACCUGUCUAGACCCAGAUGGCAACAGCCUGUUUGACUCAAUGGCCGGCGGAAUGCGCCUGAUCGUGAGCUGCAUCUCCUCCUUCCUCAUCCUCUCUCUGCUGCUCUUCAUGGUGCACCGGCUGCGCCAGAGGCGGAGAGAGCGCAUCGAGUCCUUGAUUGGAGCAAACUUGCACCAUUUCAACUUGGGCCGCAGGAUGCCUGGUUUUGAUUAUGGUCCCGAUGGUUUUGGAACUGGCCUUACUCCACUGCAUCUGUCAGACGAUGGGGAAGGUGGAGCAUUUCAUUUUCACGAUCCCCCUCCACCCUAUACUGCUUACAAGUAUCCAGAUAUUCAACAUCCUGAUGACCCACCUCCUCCUUAUGAGGCGUCUGUCAAUCCAGACAGCAUCCUUUGUUCCACUCCAGAUGGAGUGCUCUCUCAGGCUGUGCAAAGCAGUCCUCCAUCACUAGGAAACUGUGAUGCAUCCCCACAGCUUACAGAAGGAUCGCUUCCUCCCUCGGUUGGUCCUUCUCCAGUGGAGCUGGAAGAUUCUGCUGACAGCAGCACCUUUCUUGUCCCUCCUGACACACCCAUAAAUGAAAACACCCCAGCAGAAACUUUGACAGGCAGUCGCCACAGCCACUGUUCCCUCAACACCAUUGUAUAAAGGAGAGAAACGCCCAGCACUGCUCAGAGUUUUAGCAACUGUUUGCACAGACAAACACUAACCCGUGACUUGAACUUCAGAAGGAAUCUCCACUUUGUUUUUCGAACACUGCUUUUAUGUUCUAGGUUAGGAUCGUGCCUCUCUUUUUUUGGCUGUCCUUACUCAUUCACUAAUCAGUUUGUCCUGUAAAUAUGGAUUGUACAACUGCUCUCUUUUUCCAUUGCCUAUGGAAAGGAGAGCAGAGAAUUCCUUUGACUUCUGAGGAGGUAAGAAGUAUGGGUAUUUGGGUUGUUUUUUUUUCUUAACCUGAGAGGAAUCAAAAUCUACAUCAGAAAAAAGCUGCUUGGAUUUGGCUGGAUACCACUGGGCCCAGGAAACAGACAAUGGAAAAGAAGGGUGGGGGCAAUCACUGUUGAAGCAGAGAAGAUGGAACUGCAGGGGAGGGAGAUGGGGGCCUGUUUUUUGAAGUGGGACAUGUGCCAUCAAGAGUUACACUGUGCAAGACACUUGGGGUUUUGAUCUGCCUUGAUCUGAGCACCAGAGGAACUGGAGAAGGAAUGGUCUGCGCAAUGUGUGUCCAGUGGGUGCUGAGAAAACCGAGAUUUGCGAUUCCAAUUAUUUGUUGUCAGUAGCUGCAAAACCUCAUAUUGUUGGAUAAACUUCUGGCCCAUGAAGAAAACUGGGUGUGUAUGAUAUCCCUUUGGUAGAACCCUCACGUGUGUUAGGGAAGAGAUGGGGAGCAAUUAACUUUGAUGCAGCCUGAGUUCACUGUAUGAAGCCCCUGUUCCUUCUAACCCCAUAAGGAAGAUUGAGGUAUUUUCUUUCUAGUUUAACUUUUUUACAGUAAACGGUUGCACAAAACUGGCCUGGAUAAAAGACCACUGUUCUUGCUUUUCUUAUUGCAUGCUAUAUUUAGCAUGUGUGUUCCUUCCCCUUCAUUUCACUUCUUUGCAGUUCUACAAAUACCACUUAAAAAUGGUGAUCAUGUACUAUAGGUGAUGUUUAAUUCUAAUUGGAUACCUGUUCGUUAUCUCAGUCCCAUGAAUAGCCAACCCUGUUCUAGAGAUUUCCCCUGUGCCUCCCAAACCAUUUAUCCAGGUCUCAUGAGGGGUUAUAAUGAGGUUAGUGUACUUAAAUCAAUAAAGCAGUUUGCUUCAGUCUGAUAUGUCAUCUUAAAUUUCCCCCUCGUAUUGAACUCUUUAAGCUAAGUUAAUUUACAGAUAGCAAAGAUUCAUUCAAUCCCUCAUGAAGCCCAAUGUCAAGCACUGUUGGUUUUGAUAAUGAGUACAAAAUAAUCUUUACAGGCAAUUUUAAAUUUAAGUUUGGAUUUCAGUGUACAAAUAAUUUACCCUUUUCUCCCAUCCUCCCAUUGCCUCUGCUUCUCCUUGAUUUAUUGUAACAGUCAGCAGAUGAGAUGAAUUUUAAGGAAUUCGUAAAGAAUGCCUUGUGUGAGUGGUCUCCUGUUACCUUAUGAAGGGUACAAGCCUAGAGGGACAGGAAGAAAACACUGCAUGGGGGUGUGUAUGUGAUCUAUUUUUCUAGUAAUGAUGAGAAGUCAUAGUUGUAUGACAAAUCCUAACCCACUGUUGUGGUUUCCCAGUGCAGCUGACUCUUUCCCCAUGGAAUAUGCUGCUACUUUCUAUUCCCUAUCUUGCCUAUAGGCUUAUACUGUACUUGGGGAUUGGUCUUGACAAUUCAACUCGUUUUGCACAGAAAGCUGUGAGUUUGGUUAUUGAGGUCAUGCCUGGUGUGUGGACAUGCAGACACUUGCAAACAGCCCUGACUCCAGCGGAGAGCGUGAAUCACAGUUGUGGGGAGUGCUGCUGGCACACGAGUGGGAGGCAGCACGGGUGGGAAGCCUCUCUGCCUGGAGCUCUUCCACCACCCCAUCCUGCUCUCUGCUGUGCCUGGCUCCAGCAGCAGUGCUACCAAAUGAGAGGAGCAGUUCUCCACCCUGUGGGAUCCUCUGACCGAGUCCUCCUCCGAGUUCCAAGUCCUGGUCUAAUGAAGUGGAUAGAUAGCAGUAGUCAGAACCAUGCAUACAAAUUAUUGAGCAUUUCUGAAGUAUGAAAAUAAAGCGGGUUUUGUGCGUUUUUGAGCACAUUCAUACGUUUUAUACAUUGUAUGUACUGAUUUUUCUUUAGUUUUAUAGGUACGAAUGUGUGUGUGCGUGUGUGUGUUUCUGGCUGGUGAUGAUAUAUAUAUAUAUACACACACAUAUAUAUAUAUAUCUAUACAUACUGUAGAGAGUAACCUUUGUGCUGCAUCGAGCUAGGUGAAGCUAAGCACUGAGAUAGAAAUUAAGCUCUAGGGUUAAUACUUCUCUCGAGCUGGCUACACUCUCUUGUAGGACAGGCUGUGAUAGUGUACACUUAAAUAGGAUGCAAAGUCUAUGCUACUGCAAUCUGUUCCUGAAAAAUACUUUGUUAGCGGUGCAAAAUAGAAAAUUUCCAAUUUCUUUUGAAGCCAGAUGGAAAUUCUUUGUAGUAUCCUAGCGCAAUAACAAAAGGCCUUUUGGCUUGGUUCAGUCUCUGAAGCUGUAUUUUGUGGCUGAGGUGAACAGAUACCUUACCUCACACUUCUCCUAACACUGCGGGAAUCUGUUCAAUGUUUUUGUAUUUUACUUUUGGUUCUGUGGUGAAUUUUAUUUGCAAAUAAGCUCUGUUACAACUGGCAACUUCAUUGUGGCUCCUGGUUGUAGCUAUUCCAAAUGGAGGCUUCUUUGUAAAAGCCUCACUGUGAUAUUUUCCCCAUUGCUUCUGAGCCUUUCCCAUUUGUAUAUUGGCAGGAGGCUGCUAUUUUCUCUGUUUUCCCCUGUCCUUCUUUAUCUUAGCUGUAAACAAGGGAAAUUCUGCCUUGAAUGAAGCAGCUCACCAAGUACAGCUCAUUUACCUCUCGGUGAGCUUCUAAUUUGGCAAUAAAAUUGUCUUUUUUUUUCCCUUUUAAUGUAGCUUUUUCACAUUGAAUACUUUCUCUUGGAGUAAAAGCCUUUGUUGAAAAAAUGUCCCAGCUACUCAGACUGCAGGACCAAGUGGGGAAGAGUUAAGUUUUCCUGACAACAGUGGACUCCUCAGCACUUGCCCUUGGCAAGGUGACUGGUGGGCAGUUUGUCCCGAGUGCCGAUGACAGAGAGUUGGUGCUUGCCCAAGGAAAACCUCUGUGCUUUGAUUGCCAUUAGAUUGACGAGAUCUUUGGAGUUCCUUUCUGCAUUGAUUUUUUUUCCCCACUGCCAUUCACAUCUCUGGAUGGUUUUUUGUAACAACUGGUGCAUCCUAAAUGUCCCUGCAGCCCCAGCAGGGAGAUGGCAUUGCCACAUGGUUUCCAGCAGCAUGUGUGAGCCCAGGUGUGUUUUUCUCAGGCUGCCCUUGACUGCAGUUGUUGUCAAGUCCCAGCGCUUGGUUCCAUGCCGGGCUGGUCUUGUCCACUGUGGCCUUGGACAGAGCUGCUCCUCAGCUUCCCCAUCCUGUGGUGCCAUAUUGAAGUCUCUACUGUUCCCUGAGAGCAGCCCCAGACACUCUGGUCUGUCAGGGAUGCCCAUCCAGAAUCUCACAGCAGCCUCUGGCUCUGUACUGGGUGAGUUGAGAGUUAAAAUGUUACAGGGGUUCUGUUGUGCAGGAUCAGCACCAUCAUUUGGGUGUGCAAGGAGCUUGUCUGUGUAAUGUUCAGUCCUGUUUAGUUUGAGCCUCAGACUGUUCCUUUAGCCAUGCACAGCAGGACACUGAUCUAGAUGAAAAAUUAAGUAGGUGGAUAUAUUUUUCUGAAGGCUGAAUCUUACAGUUAGUAGCUGCUCUGCCUCCACAGGUGCCAUGGGGUGAUGGCUUGUUUCAGUACUGGGGAGAAAAUUUUUUGUGACCUGUGAUUAUUACCAUUCUUUUCCCAUCUCAUGUUAAAUAAAUUUGAACUUGGUAUUUCAAGGUGUUUUUAUCUUUCAGAUGUGACUUGUCAGUGUCAAAACACUGAUGUUUUAAUGUUGCCUCAUACAAACCAUGAUGUGCAUCUCCUUUUUUCGGUUGCGUCUUUUUUCUCCCUAGCUAAGGAAACAUGUAAUAUGUAGAAAUUUCUUUUAAAUUUCCCUUGCAAGUUGGGAGCUGGACUGUAAAAUUAGAGCAGUUGAGUGUAGAGGAGCUGAAUCAAAGUUCAUGUUUGCUUCUCAUGUUCCCUAGUCCCAAGUGAAAUAGGUGUUGCCUUGGAAUAGACACUUUCAGUGAUGAAGAUGCGCUUCCCCCUAACAACAGUCAGCAUUGCCUGCCUGCUACGGUACCGCAUAGCUUUAAUUUUCUAGUGUGUGCCCCUCAAGUGUUGAGUGGGUCAGGGUUGAUGCCAGCAGAGGUGGCUGUGCUGCACCGUCCCUGUGUGUUGGGCUGAGGGUGCCUGGGAGGCUGUGAGAGAAUGAGACACUGCUUUUUACCUUCCUCUGGAAAAUCGUUUUAGCCAGCGCUGCACUUGCAGGCUUCUCCUGUGUAGUUGGUUUGUGACUGGACUUAACUGUGGCAGUGUAUAAAAGAUUUUGAUAUUCUGUGAAAUACCAUGUAGAAUUUAAAUUUGAUACUAUAAUAAUUGAGUCCCUGUGACACUGGUUUUUGUUUUAACUUCUUUGGGGUUGGCACUAAUCUCUCUUUUUUUUUUUUUUUUUUUUUUUUCCAAGAUGCUGUGAGAAACAUUUCAUCCAAAUGCCAAAUAAAUUGUGUUCUGUAAGA